AUGGAAGUUGAUAAAGUGUAUACAAAGAAAGUGGAAAAGAAGAAUGAGAAUAAAAGUUAUGGAGAUUACACGCAUAUAUCAGAACUGCAAGAUGAAGUAUUGAAUGAAGAGUUGAUAACAAACACUCAACAAUGGGUUGAUAUUGUAAAAGCAACACAAAACUCAGAAAGUGACUCUUCAAGUGAAGAAAUUGAAAAAGAAGACGAAAAUUUGGUUUUGGAGGACGAAGAUGAAAAUGUCAACGAGGAAAGUGGUCUUUUAGAUGAAGAGUCUUGUGUAUUUGAUAACAAGCACUAUUUUUUGGUGAGUACAUUCUUUGAGAUUUUUAUUUCAAAUAUGAGAUCUUAUACCAAAAAUAACUCAUUACAAAGUUUAUUUUGCAUAGAUGAACAACUGGUGAAAUAUUUUGGUCAUUGUAAAUUUACCCAAUUUAUACCAACAAAACCGGGAAAAUACGGAAUGAAAGUAUGGACAAUGGUUGACAACAUUUCUGGUUUGGUGUGUAAUUCGGAGCUAUAUUUAGGAAGUGUUGCUGGUAAUGAAGAAAAUUACAUUGAAAAUUUGGUGAUAAAAAUGAUUGAUACUUUGAUAUUACCAGAUUUUUUGGUAGGUAACCAAACAACGUUGUAUAUUGAUAAUUUAUUUACAACAGUGGAUCUUGCUGUCAGAUUAAAACAAAGAAAUAAUGACGUGGUUGGAACUUGCCAUAAAAACAGGACUUUUGUGCCAUCAAUUUGUCGAGAAAUCAAACCUUACAAAAGUUUUAUUUGUUUAUUAUUGGUAAAACAAGCAGCAACAGACGAACCACCAACACACCCCCCUUUUUGA